UCCUGUAUUUUAUAUGUAGGAUGCCUGCCACAGCAUGGCUUGAUAAAUGGUGCAUAGAUGCACUCCUGGGAUCGAAACCAGUGAACCACGCGGGCCCCCAAAGCAGACCAUGUGAAUUUAAUUGCUACGCCACUGGGCUGGCCCUGAGAUUUCUGUUUUUUCCAAUCUUAUAAUAAUUUCUUUUUUCAUUUUAAAGUUACUGUGCAUAUGUAAGUUCACACAAAGUUAUAUUUUCAUUAUAGAUUGUCCCGGACCCUUAUAAAAUGAUGCUCUCUUUUGUAUCUGGCUUAUUUCAUUCGCUAUUAUAUUUGUGAGUUUUAUCUAUGUAGUUGUGUAUGAGUUUGUUCUUUCUCGUUGAAUGGAAUUCCAUUACGUGAAUAUAAUAUUUAUUCAUUCUAGUGGUGAUAGACUUUUAGGUUGUUUCCGUUUUGAGCUAUUCUGAAUAAUGCUGCCAUUGACAUUCUUGGAGUGUCCUUCCUUGCGUGUGUGUACGUGCUCUGUUGGGUGUACACGCAGGAGGGGAAUUGCUGGGUCUCAGGGUACGCUUAUGUUGAGCUUUAGUAGGCGGCUGCCAGUUUUCCAGUGAUUCUCCCACUUGCCCUGCCCACCAGCAGUGCACGAGAGUUGUCCUUGAUCCGCAUACUCGCCAGCCCUUAGUGUUGUGAAGAUGUUGGUUCCCCCCAAAUUGAUCCCUAGAUUCCGUAUAAUUCUGAUUAAAAUCCCAGCAGGCUUUUCUUUUGUUGUUGUUUUGUUUGGAAAUUGACAAACUGAUUCUGACAUUUGUGUGAAAAUGCAAAGGGCCAGGAAUAAUCAAAGCUUGAAGAGGGACAGAGCUGAAGGACUUAACCUACUAGAUGUCGAGACAGCACAAUGUAAGGAUGUUAAAGUGGCACAGUGUUGGCAAAAGGACAGACAGACAGGCCGAUAGAAUAGAAUAGAAAUCUUGAAACAGACUGCACAUAGUUUAUGACAAAGGGAAAAGAAGGCGUUUUCAAAAAGGUACUGGGAAAAUUGGAUUCUCUGUAUAGGAAAAAAAAUGAAUCUCCUACCUCAAAUCAUAUCCAGAAUCAGUUUUAGAUAGAUUAUAGAGCUAAACAUGAAAGAUAAAACAAUGAAGCUUCUAGAAGAAAACAUAGAAUAUCCUUAUGAUCAUGGAGAAGACAAAAUUCCUUAAAUAGGACGCAGAAAGCACUACCAAAAUAGAAAAGAUUGAUAUCGAACUACGUUAAAACUUGUAUCUUCUACUUUUUUACAAAUGCUCUAAUAAAGUGCAACAAAUGCUAUUUUCUGAUUGCCCAGAUACGUCAGAUAAUCCGUCAGUUCCAUUGCUCCCCUGGAAGCCUUUGUCCUGCUCUCUUCAGGCCCAGUUCCUCUCUUGCCCGUAGCACAGCUUCCAUGUGGGGCUUCCUUUGCUUGUCAUUUCUGCGGCUUGUCUUUGUCCCUGUGUUGGAGCUCUCGUUCUGUGGAUCCUAUGUUGUAUCUGGUAAUUUGAGCAUCAAAUAAUAGCAGCUAUCUUAAGCCGCCUUAAACAAUAAGGACGUUUAUUGACUCAAGUAAGUGGAAGUCCAGAGGUGGGCAGGUUUCUGAUUGGUUGGUCCAGUGGUUCCAUGUUGUCAUUAAGGAACCAGGUGUCCUGUUUGUCUGGGUGAGUCACGUACACAUUCUGAGCCAAUCACCAGCAAGGGGGAUGGGUUUCUCUUACACCAGGCAGGCCCCCUCCACCUCAGCUGGGUGUGGGUCCAGCCACCUCAGGCCCGCCCCAGGCCCCUGUGCUGCCGUGCGAAGAGAAGAGAGAACUUCCUGUAAGAAGGAGGAGGGGAGAAUUAGCUGCUGGCAGGCGGGAAUGACCGCUGUGACAUUUGCCUCUGUCUUGCUUGUUAGAGCAUAUUCCCCUGCAACUUUCUGAGAAGGCAGAUUGGGAGCGGUGCCGAGAAAAAUUUCCUUACUAGAUGACAUUUCAUCGCAAUGUCCGAUCGUUUGGGGCAAAUAACCAAGGGCAAGGAUGGGAAAAGCAAGUAUUCGACUCUCAGCCUGUUUGAUAAGUAUAAAGGAAAAUCAGUAGACGCGAUCAGGUCCUCAGUUAUUCCUAGACAUGGCUUACAGAGUCUCGGGAAAGUUGCCACAGCCCGGCGUAUGCCACCACCUGCAAACUUGCCAAGCUUGAAGUCUGAAAACAAAGGAAACGACCCCAACAUCGUGAUAGUACCCAAGGACGGAACGGGAUGGGCAAACAAGCAGGAUCAGCAAGACCCAAAGAGUUCCAGUGCGACGGCCUCUCAGCCGCCGGAGUCGCUGCCGCAGCCGGGUUUGCAGAAAUCUGUCUCCAAUUUACAGAAACCGACACAGUCAAUCAGUCAGGAGAAUACAAAUUCAGCGCCAGGUGGACCAAAGUCAUGGGCACAGCUGAAUGGAAAGCCAGUAGGACACGAAGGUGGUUUAAGGGGCUCAAGCCGACUAUUAUCCUUCUCUCCCGAGGAAUUUCCGACGCUGAAAGCAGCUGGAGGGCAGGACAAGGCUGGCAAAGAAAAGGGCGUCUUAGAUCUGUCGUAUGGGCCAGGACCAAGCCUCCGCCCACAGAAUGUGACAAGCUGGAGGGAGGGCGGUGGGCGAAACAUAAUUUCUGCCACGUCUCUGAGCGCCUCCCCAACUGAGCUGGGCAGCAGGAACUCGAGUGCAGGAGACGGAGCCCCCUCCUCGGCAUGUACCAGCGAUUCUAAGGACCCCUCUCUCCGCCCGGCUCAGCCUGUCCGCAAAGGGGCUUCACAGUUCAUGGGAAAUGUAUACCACCCACCUACAUACCAUGACAUGCUUCCUGCUUUUAUGUGUGCGCCACAGUCAUCAGAGAACCAGGGUACAGUGGAACGAGGAUCUUUCCCCCUUCCCCAGCUCCGCCUUGAACCCCGUGUUCCUUUUAGACAGUUCCAGAUGAAUGACCAAGAUGGAAAAGAAAACAGACUGGGAAUGGCUCGCCCUAUCCGUCCACUAAGGCAGCUGGUGGAACGGGCACCACGGCCCACCAUCAUCAAUGCGGAAAACCUGAAGGGCCUUGAUGAUCUGGACACUGAUGCUGAUGAUGGCUGGGCAGGCCUCCACGAGGAAGUGGACUAUUCUGAGAAACUGAAGUUCAGUGAUGAUGAAGAGGAGGAAGAAGUUGUGAAGGACGGCAGGCCGAAGUGGAACGGUUGGGACCCUAGAAGGCAGCGGCAAUUGUCAAUGAGCUCUGUGGACAGUGCUGAUGCCAAACGUACCCAAGAGGAAGGAAAGGACUGGGGCGAAACAGUAGGCGUGACCCGUGUCAUCCGGAAGGUGCCAGAGCCUCAGCCACCUUCCAGGAAGCUUCACAGCUGGGCGUCAGGCCCUGACUACCAGAAGUCCUCAGUGGGCAGCGUGUUCCGGCAACAGUCUGUCGAGGACAAAGAGGACAAGCCACCCCCACGGCAGAAGUUCAUCCAGUCAGAGAUGUCCGAGGCCGUGGAGCGAGCCCGGAAGCGCCGGGAAGAGGAGGAGCGCCGAGCCCGGGAAGAGCGGUUGGCUGCCUGUGCCGCCAAACUCAAACAGCUGGACCAAAAGUGCAAGCAGGCUCAGAAGGCGAGCGAGGCCCAGAAACAGGUGGAGAAGGAAGUCCCUCGAUCGCCGGGCACCGAGAAGGUGUCCCUACAGGAGAACGGCCCUGCUGUCCGCAAAGGCUCCCCUGAGUUCCCUGCCCAGGAAGCCCCCAGCACAUUUUCAGAAGAAGCCCCCACAGCUCCUCCCGCUGUGACUCAGAGCAGCAGCAGUGAGGAGGGGGCCAGGGAGGUGGGGUCCCCUGCACAGGAGUUCAACAAGUACCAGAAGUCGCUUCCUCCCAGAUUCCAGCGCCAGCAGCAGCAGCAACAACAGGAGCAGCUGUACAAGAUGCAGCACUGGCAGCCGGUGUACCCUCCGCCUUCCCACCCACAGCGCACCUUCUACCCACACCAUCCCCAGAUGCUGGGCUUCGAUCCCCGGUGGAUGAUGAUGCCUUCCUACAUGGACCCACGCAUCACGCCCACUCGGACCCCAGUGGAUUUCUACCCCUCAGCCCUGCAUCCCUCGGGACUGAUGAAACCUAUCAUGCCCCAAGAUUCCCUCAGUGGGACUAGCUGUCGCUCUGAGGAUCAGAGCUGUGUGCCUCCACUGCAAGAAAGAAAAGUGACUGCCAUCGAUCCAGCCCCUGUGUGGAGCCCAGAGGGCUACAUGGCACUGCAGAGCAAGGGCUAUUCGCUCCCCCACCCGAAAUCGAAUGACACUUUGGCCAUGGACAUGCAUGUCAGGAGUGAAAGCUCUUACUCUGCCUCCCCUGGAAGGUCAGGGGGCGUAAGUGCCCAGCGCGAUCUCCUUGAGGAGAGAGGGGAGGAGUACUUGAGUGCUUUUGACAAGAAGGCCCAAGCAGACUUUGACAGCUGUGUCUCUUCUCAAAGAAUAGGCCAGGAGCUUUUGUUUGCACCCCAAGAAAACGUUCAGGAAACAGGUGCUCCUGGGGGUCACACCCCGAGCCUCAGGGGUUCCCCACUGGAGCCCGACUUUGCCCCGGCAGACAAAAAGCCAGAGUAUAGCAAUUGGGACAUUAGCCAGCAGCCUAAGACCACUGACACAGCCAGCGGUGUCGAGAAGGAGGCGCCCCCAGAGGAGCCGUCCUGUAACGUCUCCUCCUGGGAGAAGGAAGGGAGCCCCAACAAACAGCCGACCCUGGAGCCUGCGUGGACUCCCGACCCCCGGGGCUCUGGAGGCCAGCACCAGGAACAGACCAGCAGGACCCGGAGGUCGGGGCCCAUCAAGAAACCUGUCCUGAAAGCCCUCAAGGUCGAAGACAAGGAGAAGGAACUAGAGAAGAUCAAGCAGGAACUGGGGGAGGAGAGUGCCCGCCUGGCCAAGGAGAAGGGGCCGAUUCUCAAGGCAGAAAAGGACGAGGAUGAAGAGAACGAUCCCGCGCUGGCCAACUCCUCCCCGUCUGCCUUGGAAGACCAGGGCUCUCCCAGCGCUAGUUUGGGCCGCGAGCCCAGCAAGUCUGAGGAGGAUGAGAAGAUGGACAGGGCCUGGGAGACCAGAGCCUCCCGGGAGUCCGGCGAUACACCCCCAACAAAGAGGAAUAACUGGAUCUUCAUUGAUGAGGAGCAAGCCUUUGGGGGCAGAGGGCAGGCCCGGGGCCGCGGCCGCGGCUUCAGAGAGUUCACUUUCCGCGGUAGGCCCGUGGGCGGCGGCGGCAUCUGUGGUGGUGGGGUCCUUGGGGCGCGGGGCAUCUACAGCAACAGCCAGAGAAGUGGCCGCGGCCGGGGCCUGCGCGAGUUCGGUCAGCCCGAGGACUUCCCCAGAGCCAAGCCCCGGCGAAGAAUUGCCAGCGAGACCCACAGCGAGGGCUCCGAGUAUGAAGAACUUCCCAAGCGGCGUCGGCAGAGAGGCUCGGACAACGGGCACGAAGGCUCGCUCCUGGAGAGGGAGGAGAGCGCCUUGAAGAAAGGCGACUUCAAAGAUUCCUGGCGGUCCAACAAGGUGUACUCUGAGGAGCACGGCGGUCUGGAUGCUAAGAACCGAGGCCCUCGGGCCUUUGGGCGAGCCCUCCCUCCCCGCCUCAGCCAUUGUGGGUACGGGCGGAGAGCCUUCGUGUCCAGAGAGUCAGCCCCCUGGCACAGCAAGAGUCCGGGCGCCUCCUGGCAGGAGUACAGCUCUCCUGACGCCUGUCCGUCCCGGCGACCCGCGGACAGAGACUGCAUCCCAGAUGCCUACAGACAUUCCGACUCCUUUGGCACCAGGGGCUUUGAGGACAGCCGCUUGGAGGAUAAGAGGUCCUUCUUCCAAGAUGAGCACGGGGCAGAUUCUGAAAAUGCAGAGAACCGGCCCUUCAGGAGAAGGCGCCCCCCGCGCCAGGACAAACCCCCUCGCUUCAGGCGCCUCAGGCAGGAGCGUGAAUCCUUGGGUCUCUGGGGACCUGAGGAGGAGCCCCACCUGCUGGCAGGUCAGUGGCUGGGCAGGUCCAAACUCUGUCCUGGGGACAAGAGCAGCACUGUGGGCCACAGGUCCCCCGAGCUCUCGUACCAGAACUCCUCUGAUCACGCCAACGAAGAGUGGGAGACAGCCUCCGAGAGCAGCGACUUCAGCGAGAGACGGGAGCGGCGAGAAGGCCACGGGGCCGAGCCCGACUCCCAGGUGGAUGGCAGCCUGCCUGGGGCCAGUUUGGGUGAGAAGAAGGAGUUGGCCAAGAGGAGCUUCUCCAGCCAGAGACCCCUGGUGGACAGACAGAGCCGAAAGCUGGAGCCGGGAGGGUUUGGGGAGAAGUCUGUUAGGCCAGGUGGUGGUGAAGCUUCUCCCCGUUAUGAGAGCCAACAGAAUGGGACGCCUUUGAAAUCCAGAAGGUCCCCAGAUGAGGCCUUGCCUGGAGGUCUUGGUUGCAGCAGUGGGAGCGGCCACUACACCCUAGAGCGAGCAGCCCAUGCCGCCUCUGACAUCCCUGAAGCCACCUGUGAGAAAGCAGAGAAGGAGGCCAAGCUGGCUGCUCAGAGGGCAGGCGAGCAGGGAGAGACCAUCAAGCAGUUUGACCUGAACUAUGGAAAUGCCAUCAUUGAAAAUUGCGGGUCCAGCCCCGGGGAGGAGAGUGAGGUGGGCUCUAUGGUGGGUGAAGGCUUCAUUGAAGUCCUGACCAAGAAGCAGCGCCGCCUGCUGGAGGAAGAGAGGAGAAAGAAGGAGCAGGCCGUGCAGGUGCCUGUCAAAGGUCGAAGUCUUUCCUCCCGGAUUCCUCCUCGGUUUGCUAAAAAGCAAAACAACUUAUGCCUGGAGCAAGGUGACGUGACUGUGCCUGGCAGCAGCCUGGGCACUGAGAUCUGGGAGAGCAGCAGCCAGGCCCUCCCUGUUCAGGCCUCGAACAGUGACUCCUGGACUAAAGCUGCCACUGCCUUCAACAGUACCGAGUCUGGCUCUGCCGAGCAGGGUUUUAAGAGCAGCCAGGGAGAUAGUGGCGUUGACUUGAGCGCCGAGUCUCGAGAGUCAUCUGCGACCUCCUCGCAGCGCAGCUCCCCGUAUGGCACUCUGAAACCCGAGGAGAUGAGUGGGCCCAGUCUGGAACCCAAGACCGACAGCCACAAGGAGCAGGCUCAGAAGCCAUCUGAGCACAAGGAUUCAGAACAAGGCUCAGGACAGAGCAAGGAACACAGACCAGGACCCAUCGGCAAUGAGCGUUCUCUGAAAAACAGAAAGGGCUCGGAGGGGGCCGAGCGGCUUCAAGGGGCCGUCGUCCCGCCUGUUAACGGGGUAGAGAUUCACGUGGACUCUGUGCUCCCGGUGCCACCCAUCGAGUUUGGAGUCAAUCCAAAAGACUCCGAUUUCAGCCUGCCGCCUGGUUCUGCAUCUGGGCCUGCAGGGAAUCCAGUUGUCAAACUGCAGGAGGCCUUGGCCAGUAACGCUGGGUUAACACAGAGUAUUCCCAUCCUCCGGCGCGAUCAUCACAUCCAGCGGGCCAUCGGCCUCUCCCAAAUGUCCUUCCCCACUGCUGACCUCACUCUGAAGAUGGAGUCUGCACGCAAGGCUUGGGAAAACUCGCCCAGUUUGCCAGAGCAGAGCUCUCCAGGCGGCGCUGGCUCAGGCCUCCAGCCCCCGUCCUCUGUGGGAGCCUCCAGCGGGGUCAACUACAGCUCCUUCGGUGGGGUUUCCAUGCCACCCAUGCCUGUGGCCUCUGUAGCACCUUCUGCUUCUCUUCCAGGCAACCACCUGCCACCUCUGUACCUAGAUGGCCAUGUGUUUGCAAGUCAGCCCCGGCUGGUUCCUCAAACGAUACCUCAGCAGCAGAGUUACCAACAGGCUGCCGCUGCCCCGCAGAUCCCCAUCUCCCUUCACACGUCUCUUCAGGCUCAAGCGCAGCUCGGACUGAGGGGCGGGCUCCCCGUCUCCCAGUCUCAGGAGAUCUUCAGCUCCUUACAGCCCUUCAGAUCUCAGGUGUACAUGCACCCUAGCCUGUCGCCGCCCAGCACCAUGAUCCUCUCUGGAGGUACAGCCUUGAAGCCUCCGUACUCGGCAUUCCCAGGCAUGCAGCCCUUGGAGAUGGUGAAGCCCCAGUCUGGCUCACCCUACCAGCCCCUGAGCGGAAACCAAGCCCUGGUCUACGAGGGCCAGCUCGGCCAGGCUGCCGGUCUGGGUGCCUCACAGAUGUUGGACUCCCAGCUCCCACAGCAGCUGACGAUGCCGCUGCCAGGCUCCCAGUUGCCCCUGCCUCGGUAUGGCUCUGGGCAGCAGCCCCUGAUUCUGCCACAGUCUAUCCAGCUGCCGCAGGGGCAGAGCCUCUCUGUCGGGGCCCCCCGAAGAAUUCUUCCACCUGGGUCCCAGCCUUCGGUCCUUAACACCAGCAGAGAGUCCUCUCAGAUGGAGAUGAAGGGCUUCCACUUUGCCGACAGUAAACAGAAUGUUCCUCCAGGAGGCUCUGUGCCCUCACCGCAGGCCUACAGGCCUAGCUCUGCUAGCCCCAGUGGGAAGCCCUCUGGAUCAGCAGUUAACAUGGGCUCUGUGCAGGGACACUACGCUCACCAGGUAGAAGAUGGCUUUCCAGCCCUCCAGCCCCGGACGCUUAGGCCCGUCUCCAGGCGCCAAAAGAGAGGGGACGGUCCAGCCCAUUUGAGCACAGCUCUCAGACAGAGACGUGCCCUAGCGCUUAGAGCAUGGCGCCGGGAGCCGGGCAGCCCGAGUCCCUCCUGGCGAAGGCAUUUCUCCUCUUGACGGGCGUCUGGAUCCUUCCUUGUCCUGCAGAGAAGGGAGGAUGCGGAUUCCUCUGAGGAGGUGACGCCAGAAGGUGGACUAUCCCUGCUAGUGAUUUGGGCUGUGAAGGCGCUGGACGUGGUUAGGUCUGUGGGUCAGCUCUGGAAGCCGGGGCGUGUGUGCGCGUGUGUGUGCGCGGUGUCACUCCAGUGAGUGCUGUGUCUCUUGGUCCUCGGCCGGGUGGGGUCACAGAUGCAGUGGCAGUUCCCCAUCGUAUGAUGCCAGGGAUGUCUCAGUGCCUUUGCCUGCAGGCGCUGCUCUCUCCACAGUGCUCCAGAACUCGAUGGGGCUGCAGAGCUCAGACACGGCAGGCGAGGGUUUUAGUAGAACAGGAUUCCUGGCCGGUGAAGGCGGAAGGUUGAUGGCUCGUUUCACUCCUCCUCACUGGGCUCCCCAGAGGGUCACUCCUUGGAUUGCUUGGACUGAGCUUCUAGGGCUUUCUUCCAGAGUUCACCCCACUGUGUGAGGCAGGAUCGAGGCUGGUCACUCUGUGACACGCUCCGCUGUGCAGAGUUGCAGACUGAUGGGACCCUGACUGGGGAUCUCAAACAAGGGUCCUGGGGGAAGGUUUCCACAGAGUGGGGGUCGGGAAAUGGAAGGGUCUGGGAGAAGCAGUCCGCCGCGUGGCCCCACGCCCCUUGUGCAGACAGUCGGGGGUUCUGAGCUCAUAGGCUGCGCUGGGAUCUGCUCGGGGCAUUUUCACCUUGGGGCGUGGGGUGCACUGAUUUGAAAAGGUUCUUCCCAUCGGCCUUGGAUGUGCUGCUCCUGCAGAGGCCCCUGGGCAUCGCAGAAGCCUUCCCGGAGGGAGUACCCAGUGCCUCCCUGCCUCUCCGAAUCACUGCACUCAGUGCCCGUGGGAGGGAGCAGAGCAGCCUCAUGCCAGUGUCCUUCCUAGGAGAGUUACUUCUAAGGUCCUUCAACCAAAGGAUGGCCUUCUUAGCGUAGCUUUUCUCUGUGACUCAGGAGCAGGAAGCGGGUGGUGGGAACUAUGUAUCUGGACAGGUGUUCCUGACUCAGGGUAACUUUCUUUGUCCCCAUUCAUCUGUCCAAAGGCAAAGCAACGAGUGGAUGAAAAACCCAGCCUGGGAGCCGUGAAACUGCAGGAGGCUCCUGCGGCCACCUCCCAGAUGAAGCGGACCGGAGCGAUCAAGCCUCGGGCAGUGAAAGUGGAGGAGAGCAAGGCCUGAAGGUGCUCGGCCACACCUCGCCCGGCGUGAGGACAGUGCCACCGCUCGGCCUCUGUGCAGCCUGAUGCCCAGGAGUGUCCCCAGGCCCCCGUCCAACCACCCGGCCGGACUCAGAUCUCCCUUCUCUUCUCCACUCCUGAAAGCUCCAUUGUCCAGCCAGCUUGCACCGUGGAUUUACGGCAUUGACCUGCUUGCUUUAGUACGAAACAAACAAACAGAUGAGCAAACGACUCCAUUCCCACCUCCUUUCCACCUGCCCUGGAGUGACUGGAGCCUCGUGCAGUGCAGCUUCCCCACCCUCCUGCCUCUCCUGGCCCGCUCCGCUCCGCACCGCCGGGCACCUUCUCAGCAGUGCUUCCUGCCCUCCCGGCCCUCUGGGCCCCAGGCACAGUGAUUUGGCAGCAGGGUCAUUUUAAUUUGAGGCUUUUUAUUUUAAAAAGCAGCUAAGGUUUUGUCAAAGGAGAAAGGAAAGGAAAACAAAAACACAAGCUACGUCUGUACAGCUAAACUUUUCUACUUUGUUCUCCAUCCUCUCCCUGACCCCCACUUCUGUUUCUGGUAAUUUCCUUUCAUCUCUCUCCUGUUUAGUUUUAUACAUCACUGCGAUACCUUAAGAGCUGACUCAAGAAUGCGUCUCCUCCUGCUCUCAGUUGGUUAACCUUUGAGAGUUCUUGCAAAAACAAGUGGAGGGUGCUAACAUCCCCCUCGUGAGCACUCUGAUGGCCAGCUACCUGCUGUGGGAGGCGAAGGAGCAGGCGCCUCAGUUGGGUUCCACGCCCUGGGCUGAUGAGCACAGGGAGCUUAUGGGCAGCCCAGUGAAGAUGAUGACAUUUUUUAGCAUAAGAAUUACACAGAAUUUCUGUCCUGGACUCUUCUAAAGCCAGUGGAUACGCUGACUGCUGGGCACCCAAGAUGAAUCAUGGAGAUUUAAAGUCACUGGUGUUUUCUAGUUUGGCCUGGACGGGGCCAGCUGACCGCACCAUAACCCCAUCUGUGUCCCUGCUUUGGGGCUCCAGCCCCUCUAGGGGCUGCUGUUUUACACAUACUCCCAUUCCUGGAAGCCUUCCAAAAUACACCCUCCUCCUCCUUCCUGUGCCUGCCUCUUAAUCCUCUGGAUCCUCCUGUCCCUCCGACUCUCACGCAGCUGGUCACUAGAAACCACGAGGUUUUUCCACGUGGUGACUGGAGUGCACAGACUGUUGUUUGGUGGGUCUUCAGCAGAGGCGUGUUGUCCGUGGGGCUGCUAGGAGGGCUUUCUUUUUCUCCUUCACUCCCAGCAGAGGCCCAGCUGUUGGGACAGAGGGCCCUGAGCUGCACAGUGGUUAUCAGUCUUUCCAGAUGCUUGGGGCAGGGUCCAAGGGGAGGAUGGAUUGCAGGGUUGACCGUGGUUCCCAGAAGCCUGGGCAGCCUCCGAAAAAUGACAGCCUCUCUAGUCUGCACAGCCGCCUCUAGCAAAGCGUUUGUGUGAGCCAUUUUAUGCUGGUUUUUCUGUUGUUUUUCAAAUAAGAACUAGAAGGAAAUCAUCCCAGAUUCUGUCAUUCCACGGAAAGGGGAGGGGAAAUUUCAAGUUUUGCACAUGCUCUUCAGAGUAACUAACCGGCCAUCUACUUAAAGGAGCUGCUGUCUGCCACCGCUGGUGGUCCCAGGGAAGGCCUGGCUCAGAGGACGAGCAGUAGCAGGCAGGGAUGUGCCCUGCAGAGUCCACCCUCGGUGUCACCGUGGGUGUGUGACAGUCGCUCAGGCUGUGGUUCUAAGCUCUGUGUAGUGUGGAACAUGGGGAAAGAGGCGCCUCGGGAACCGCUGGGGUAACUCCUUGUUGCUCUGACUGCUUUGAGGAAGUGGGGAAACAGCCUCCUAGCAGGGUGCCAGGUGUCGUCUGGAGAGGGCCGUGCUCUUGAAAGAUGCUUUCCUGCUCAGUCUGUAGCUCUCAGCAUCCCCCUCUGGCCUCCACCCGCAGACCCCAUUUCUUACCAGCUUGACGUUUUUUUCUUUUUCAUCCCCUGAAUCUUUACUCUGAAGGCUCUUCUCAAGGAGCUGCCCGCUCGCCUGCCAUGUGCUCACCUGCUCUUCCCCUCUUCCCCGGCAGCGUCUGACUGCAGCUCCACUCCCUCCGCCUGCCUCCAUUGCCCUGCUGCCCCCGCUGGGCCACACACGGCCCGCUGCCUGCACGCUUAGGACCACGGCCAGACCCCUCACCUAGGUCCAGUGCACGUUGUCUGUCAAAAGGAAAAAAGAUUUUCUCACUUGGAAAUUGAACAGAACAGUCCUGGAUGCUGUUACAAACUCAAGAUGUACCCUUCAGGUGAACCUGCCGUCAGAGUGACAGUACUUCCUGUUUGAGAAAAAUAAACACAAAAGGGUCACCUGUUCUCCAGCCCCUUUCUCUAUCUCUGUAUCCCCCCUCCCCAAUAAAAACAGAAAACACUAGAAUUUAUUUAUAUGUAUUGAUGUUGUAGGUCUAGGUGGAAACAAGUAAAUGUUUCACUGCUCUAUUUAUAUAUAAUGUCUGAAUUGUUCUGUGCAGGAAAGGCCAGGAAAUUGCAUGUGAAGUUCAGUGCGUUCACCACCUCCAUGUGCCCGUGCUGCGGUCUCUUUCCCGCUAAGAUACAGAUGUUAAAUUGGACUGUGGGGGCAGAGGGCAGGUCUCGGGCCUGGCCAGCACCCAAUCCCUUCCUUGGUCUGAUUAAAUACAGUUUUUAGUGCAGAGAUGUUUUAAGGUGCAAUAUCUCUCUUCCUUUCAUGUGGUUUUAGAGCCAAGCUCAAGGUAAUAGGACUAAGGGUUUUGUUUUGGUUUCAAACCCCAUCAGAGUGCAAAUCCAUGCAGAGACCUCUGCCAGGGUCCGUGGGGCCUUUGGCACAAACAGGUGAAGACCAGCACUUAACCUUUCUGCUGCUGAGAUGGGGGCGAGGGGUGUCAGAGCCCCCUCUCACUGCACCUUUGCUUGCUAAAAUCACCCUCCCUUCUAAAGUUGGCAGCUUUGCCCUGGCCAUUGAUGGUGCAGCCCAUUGCUUGGCAACCAGUGACCCUGCAAUAGUGUCCCUCCAGUGUCAACUACUUGGGGGUGAAAUCCCAGAGUGUGGGCUUGUGUAUCCGAGAGGCAUCGUCCACCCACUGAAGACUUCUCUGCCAGCUGUAUUUGGUCUGGUUUUCUUUACUGUUGCUUCCCCUUUUUUAUCCACAUUAUUAUUGUUUUCAAACUUGGAAUUCCGACACUUCUGGCUCUAGCUUCCUUAAGGGAGAAAACAAAGGAUGACUCUUAAACGUACAGAAAAAUUGGUUCGUCUGGUUCCAAAGCCGUGGUCAUUCCAGCCACUUCUAGAGAUACUGGGGUGUCUUGUCAUUAAAUACUGGCAUCAGUUCUCUCCAGCCAUGCCCUUGCCCUCCUGUCUUCUGGAUCUGCCUUCUGGAUGGUUGAUGAGGUUUGUGACUGAUGCUCAGAGCCUUAGGCUGAGGGUGUGCCCAUGGCCAUGUUCAGAACUGGCCCACUGAGACAGGCAGUGUGUGGCAGACUGGUAGAGCCCCUCCCUGCUGUCUGGUUCCCCUCUGCUGAGUAGCUGCAUGUUCUCUCUCCAAUCUAUAUUUGUCCCUUUUCACUUCUUGCAGAGCAAGCCUGGGUUAGAAGGUCUGUUGGAAACGGCCUUCAACAACCAAGGACACUAGUGUUUGUGCUUUGUUGUGUUCUGUGAUGAAUGGGAAAUGCGGACCUCCAGAAAGCCAGCUCUUCCUGUUUGAAAAUGUGAGAUGGUUCUAAGACAAACAGACCCCCGGGACAGGAGCAGCUCAGUGUUGGGGUCAGACUCUGUCCCCCGCCGUGCUCUCCCCGGAACCACCAGCGCAUACCCGGCUAGUGAUCUUCCAGGCGCAUCUGACCUGCUGCUCACCAGUUCUCCACCCCGAUUGGGUGGCCUCCAAGAUGGUAGCACGUCCCCAGGGCCCUGUCUUCAGCAUGUUACGAAGCCUUGGAGUGGGAAUUUCUAUUAAGGCUCUGUGGAUGACUUUCUUACAUUGUUUAAAGGGGUUACUGUACUCUAAGCUUUGGACCUCAUGCCUUGCAUAGUAAAAGGGGUUUGGGGUUUUCUUGAGAGGAUUGUGUUUUGUUGUUUCCUUUUGUUUUUAUUUUGGCCUUUCCUCUCUUCGUCUCCACGUAGACCAGAUAUUUGAAAGGGCAGACGAUGGCUAAAGGUGUAACGUGCAGCUUGUUCAUACGUUAUUUUGGGGAUGCUUUUACCUUGGAUGGGAAAUGGAAUCAUGGAUUCACCGGGCCGUGGCGGCACACUCACCCUUCGCCCUUUCCCUCCGGUUCAGUACCUAUUGUUUCUCCUUUCAAAUAUGUGAUUGUACUAGCUCUUUCCAUAUGAAAGAAUUCUCCUUAUUUAAAUAAAAAAAAAAAAG